CUAUUUCGAAUUAAUGGUAGUUGCGGAUACCUACACAAAAGUGGUGGCGAGUGGCGACCCGGGAGGACAUAGAUCGCGGGGAGGCGUUGAAUUGCUUGGGAAAAAGCUAUAAAGCUGUCCCUGGAGCUUACUACAAAGCUCACUUCCUCUGUAUCACCUCUAAAACACACACACGACGUAUAAGAGAGCAACUGUAAUUGCCUGGAAAUUGGAAGAGAAAGGAAAAAGAGGGAAGUAGGGCAUCCACAAUACUGGGCAGGGGAUCGAAGCAAAUUACAAUUGAGAAAGAAAGGUAAAGAGAAAGAGAGAGAAAAUGUUUUUCUCGGGGGACUCGUCGAGGCAGAAGAAGGUGGACUUGGGAGGGCGGAGUAGCAGGGAGCGCGAUAGGCAGAAGUAUUUGGACGAGACUAGGAUUGCUCGCGAGCAGCGCCAAAGAUUCCGCCAUCACACGCUUACUGCCAUCAAAAUUCAGAAAUGCUUUAGAGGUAGAAGGGCAGUGGCAGUUGCAAGGUCUGAAAUACGACAGCAGUUCUGCACGCAAUUUGGAGAGAAUGGUGAACGGGCUGACAGGAAUGCUUUCAAGCCAAGUUCCAAAUAUCUCUGCCAGUUGUUGUUCUUCUUUCGAGCAAAUGACAGUGAGGACAUUAUUCGCCUUGUGGAAGCUUGUCGGUUACUUUGUCAGUCUGUGCAAGCAUCUGGUAAUAUAUUAGACAUACUAGUAGAUGGGAAUCCUUCUACUGAUCAACACAUUGUAACAUACAGAGUAAAACGCUUUGUCCUUUGUUGUCUGCAAGCAUUGCACCAAAACCGUGAACAAUUCAAGUUUCAACUAUUAAGUACUUCAGGAUCAGCUGAUUUACCAGCAUUGUUACUGUUGGAGAUAGUUGUAAUUUUGACGGAUUCUUCCUUUCCUUUGGCUGGAAACACUUUGGACUAUGUUCUGGAAAAGUAUACAUUUGGACAUUUCCGUGAGCUUAUUCUCACUGUGUCAGAGCAAGGAGGACAAACUAGCGUUUCUGGAGCUGGGGUAUCUCAUCUAGAAUGUGUGCUUACAAGACUUGCUUUCCAGUCCACUAAGAUGCAUUACACUGGCCAUGAAUUUCCCCUGAAAUUGAGUUUUCCAGCUCAAAUUAUGUCUAUUCCUUUUCUAUGGAAGCAGUUUCCAAAUCUGAAGCAGGUGGUUGUGAGUCAAGCUCUCUGGUCAUGCUAUAUUCAACAGAUAGCGUCUGCUUUGCCUGGUCAUCUGAAUCUUCUUCCUCCUGAUAUAUCUCCAACACUUCCUGGUCCUGCUUGCCUUCUUGGCAAUAUUCUAGAAGUUGCUCGAUUUGUAUUAUCUCAGCCAAAUUGUACACUGAAGAUGCAGGCCUUGGAAUUUGCAACCGUCUUAAAUUUUCUUAUGGAGGAGCUACCGCAUAAUUUCAAGUCUUCAACCACGGAAAAAUCUAAUAAUGAUGAAGAUAGCGAUAUGGAUGAGAAUGCUGGGUUGAUAACACUGAGUGAGGAUUUAGAGAAGCAAAUCCUUAAUGCUGUAGAUACGGAUUUUCUUAAAGAAUUGGUGAGGAUAUUAUGCAUAGAGGUUUCUCCACCUGGUGGCACUAAUUCAAAUGAAGGGCCCUCUGAUGAAGAAGCUGCAGCUGUUACUGCAGUUUGUGCAUUUUUGCAUGUUACUUUUAUGGUGCUACCCCUUGAACGUUUUAUGACUGGUCUAGCAUAUACAACAGAACUUGUCCCGAUGCUUUGGUGCUACAUGAAACGGUGCCACCUGAGCCAUAGAUGGCCAUCUGCAGAAGCUUUAACAGCACUUUGUCCUGGUGAUGCUCCUGGCUGGAUGCUACCCCUUUCUGUUUUCUGUCCAGUUUAUAGGCACAUGCUGAUGAUAAUUGAUAAUGAGGAGUUCUACGAGCAACAAAAGCCACUUUCUCUACGUGAUAUUAAGGAUUUGGUUAUCAUUUUAAAGGAGGCAUUGUGGCAGCUGCUAUGGGUGAUACCCUCAAAGGCUACUGCAGUUCAAAAGCCCAUUCAGUCUGAAUCAAGUCAAAAAAGAUUUUCAUUACAAUCUAUUCAGGACAAAGUCAGCACAGUAGCAGCUGAACUCUUGGCACAGUUGCAGGAUUGGAAUAGCAGGCGCCAGUUUACAUCUCCAUAUGAUUUUCAUGCCCGUGAAGCUGUUGAUGAGAUUUUCUUUACGCAGGCGGCAAGUGAAAACACAAGAGCCCAUGAAUUGCUGAAACGGGCUCCAUUCUUAGUCCCAUUCACAAAUCGGGUUCGAAUUUAUACUUCACAAUUAGCUGCAGCCAGACAGCAAAACAGUGUUCACACACCCUUUGCACGGCAUCGAAUAAGGAUACGGCGAGAUCGUGCUGUAGAAGAUGCAUUCAAUCAAUUGAAUGGAUUGACAGAAGUGGAACUGAGGGGAAUGGUUCGUGUGACAUUUGUGAAUGAAUUUGGAGUCGAGGAGCCUGGUGUUGAUGGAGGUGGUAUUUUCAAAGAUUUCAUGGAGAAUAUAACUAAAACAGCCUUUGACAUACAAUAUGGACUUUUCAAGGAAACAUCUGAUCAUCUUCUCUAUCCAAAUCCUGCAUCCGGCACAAUACAUGCUGAACAUCUUCAAUAUUUUGAGUUCCUUGGAAAAAUCCUUGGAAAGGCCAUGUUUGAGGGGAUUCUAGUGGACAUUCCAUUUGCUACAUUCUUUUUAAGCAAGCUCAAGGAAAAGCACAACUAUUUGCAUGAUCUUCCUUCUUUGGAUCCUGAGCUUUAUCGGAACCUUCUCUCAUUAAAGCAUUAUGAAGGUGAUGUUUCACAACUGGGGCUCUAUUUUGUAAGCGAAGAUAAUGAGUUUGGUGAGCAGAAGGAGGAGGAGCUCUUACCGGGUGGAAAGGAUAUUCAAGUGACCAAUGGGAACCUGAUAAUGUUUAUUCAUCUUGUUGCAAACCAUCGUCUGAAUAAUCAAAUCCGCAAUCAAAGUUCUUCUUUUCUGCGAGGAUUCAAACAGCUUAUACAAUCUGAUUGGAUAAGCAUGUUUAAUGAGCAUGAACUUCAGCUUCUUAUAUCAGGUUCAAUGGAUAACAUGGAUGUUGAUGACUUGCACUCCAAUGUUCAUUAUGCUGGAGGUUAUAGCGAGGACCAUCCUGUCAUACAAUUGUUCUGGGAAGUUAUCAAGAAGUUCAAUUUACAGCAGCAAAAAAGGUUUUUGAAAUUUGUAACUGGAUGCUCAAGAGGACCACUACUUGGUUUCAAAUACUUGGAACCUCCAUUCUGUAUCCAAAGAGCUGCUCCUGAAGAUGCUCCUGAUGAACUUCUUGAUCGCUUGCCAACUUCAGCAACAUGUGUGAAUCUUCUGAAGCUCCCUCCGUACAAAAGUAAAGAAGUUCUGGAGAAUAAAUUGCUCUAUGCAAUAAGUGCUGAAGCGGGAUUUGAUCUAAGCUAAACCGUAUCUCAGGACCACCAGAUUCAUGACUCUUCAUGUACGUGAUUGAGAUUUAUAUACAUUCGUUCUAUAUCCUGUCCACAAUAUUCAGGGUCUUGUCCCAAGCGAUGACAUGGUUGGUAUGAUGAUGGGACCAGAGCAUGGCAAACAGAAAUUCAUAAAGGUUUAGAUGUUGAUAUGAUGUAAAGAUAGAUUGAAAGAUUUGGAUUUGGAGGGAUGAAUGAUAGCCUAUGGCUGUAAUAUUUAUAUUCUCGUUCUUUUGCUUCUGAUGUUCAAGAUCCUAUAUGAUUCUACAAUAUCAUAUUUUUGGGUAUGGAGUCGCGAUAGAGAUCAGGUUUUUGAGGUUGGGGCUUCAGAGUACAUCAGUCGUAUGAAGGCAUUUGUUUCUGCAUAAAUAUUUUUUGGGAGGAGAAAAUUAUGUACACAGGAAAAUUACAAAUUAGCUGUCUUCUCAUAUGAUCAGUCUUAUGUCACAAUGAUCUACUUAUUUUCCACAAAAUACUGAAAACAAAAGUUUGAAAAUGACAAUGUACCUCCCAGAAAAUUAGGGAGGGAACAUGCCGUCAUGCUCGAAGGCAUAUUUUGCCACUUAACAGUUGUUGGAAUAUUCAAGCAUUGUAAAUGAUGUGAAUAAUAAUCUGUAGCAGUCUCCCAUUUUCUUGGCAGUCCUUUUGUAUAUUUUGAUUUUCCAUGUAGAUUCGUUGCAAUUUAACAUACAGCCUGUAUUUCGGUUUAUCAUCUUUAA